AUGUCGGUAACACUACACACAACCCACGGCCCCCUCAAGCUCGAGCUAUACUGCGAAGCAUGUCCCAAGACGUGCGAGAACUUUCUCGCGCUGUGCGCCUCCGGUUACUACGACGACGUGCCUUUCCACCGGAACCUCGCUGGGUUCAUCGUGCAGACAGGGGACGGCGAGCUCAAGACCGGAAAGGGCGGGAAGAGCAUCUGGGGAGGAUUGUUCGAAGACGAGAUAUCCCCCGCACUGAGGCAUAACGCGAGGGGGGUGGUUAGUAUGGCGAAUAAGGGCGAGGGGACCAAUGGCAGUCAGUUUUUUGUUUGUUAUGCCCCACAGGUACAUCUGGAUGGGAGGAAUACGGUUUUUGCGAAGGUCAUCGAGUAUGCGGAUACGACGCUCAAUAAGAUCGAGGAGGUCAAGGUCGAUAAGAAGAAUCGCCCCAAGGUGCCGGUGCGCAUACAGCGCGUCACCAUACAUGCAAACCCGUUGGCCGAGAUGGAUCCGGGCGAGUGA